UGGACACACUUGAGCUUGAACUUGAAGUUUGGCCACUCUAUUUGCAUAUGGCGGUUUUCAGCGAUACUUCUAACGGUCGGUGUCGCAAUUUUUAUUAGUGUUUUUUAUUUACCUAUAAAAUGACUGAACAAGUGAUCUAUACCAAUUGGGAAAUUCUAUAUAUAAAUUCCACUUCUACUUGUGUUUUUGAUCCCAUGUGGAAUAUGUUUAUUUGUCAACCAAUAACCAUUUACACCACGAUUCGUUAUCAGUGUGUGCACGUUGAUUUUUAACGAUCUUCAAAAUAACAUUUUAGCCAUUUCCGGUGCAAAUUUCUAAGUCUUAACAUGUCUGCAUCGAAGUAUAAAACAACAAAACAUCUCCAUCUGAUCGAUAUGCACCCUACUAUGACCAAUUUCUCCACCGUUGCCCUCAUCAUUGCGAAAUCCGAGCCGCACAUCUUCCUCGACAAGCUGAGCAGCGAAAAGCGUGGCGUGAUUAAUUUCACGUUGCGUGACACGAAGCGUCACAUUGCCAACUGCAAGUGCUGGGGCUCCGAAGUCAGCGUGCACGAGUACAAUGCAAUGCUACAAAUGGGCGACGUAGUCGACAUCGUCAGGGCUAAGGUGAUGGCCAUAACACCACCAUCGCUGCCGUCACACAACGGAUUCACUGAGAAUCGCUAUCAACCACGCGGCACACUGUCGUGUGCACUUGUUGUCAACGAAGGACACGGCUAUUUGGUGAAACACAGCAGCGACGAUCAGGCAACACUGCAAGCAUUGCUCCAACUUUGCGGGCAAUCGCACAAAGCACUGAGCACAGCUCUCAAACUCCGGGAUGUGCGUUGCGUGGUGCCUGGUGGUGAACAGCGUCCGGCUGCGUUUGUUGAUCUGUUCGUGGCAGUGGCCACGAUGCCGCCGGUGCGUGAACUCAAACGCAAGCAGCCACGCAAUGGCAGCACACUGUUGCAGUGCCUUGAACUGGUGGUCAUCGAUACCAGCUGUGCGUCGGGCAUGAUGUUGACGCUAUGGCACACGAAUUGGAUACGUCGUGCUCAGCGCUGGCAAGCGGGCAAAACGUUGUUGCAUCUUAUUGAUGUGCGUGUCGCGCAUUCGCAGUUUCAUGGCUGUUCGGUGCUUAGUCAUGCCAGCUGCACGCUCAUCUACGAGAACCCAGAACCAAGAAGUCCAGAGGCUCAAGCGUUGCUUGCUUUUGCGGCCAAAACACCGCUGGGCAGCUUUGAGUUGUGUGCGCAAAGCGAUGUGGAGAAUUUGCCGCCAGCUGCAGAGAUCCAAACUCAGAUGACAGUUCGACAGAUUUAUGCGCGUGCCGAGGGCGAACUGCAGGAUGCAACCAGUGAACACUUUACGGCCGUACUCUAUGCCAUGGUCAGCAAAUUCGAUAUCGAUGGCUUGGGCACGAGCAUCAACAAGAAAUGCAAAUCAUGUCGUCGUCUCAUUCCAAGCAAUCGCAAUGAAUGCGACAAUGAGCAUUGCCAGCUAGAGUUCUCAUUGGAAUAUAGCGGAGCACGUGCCGAGCAGUUCUUUAACAUCAAUAUUCACUUGUCGGAUCACACGGGCACGCUGGUGGAGACGCGUCUUAGUGGCGGCGUUGCCAAUCAAUUGCUGGGUCUCAAUGCAGAUGCCUUUGAGGUGCUGUCGGAUCGCAAAAAGACCGAGCUUAAGUGGCGCUUUCUGUUAAAACACUUUGAGGUGAAGCUACUGAUAAAAAAGCCAACACCUGUGCGCAAGAAUCUUGCAAUCAUUGUCGUGGACAUGGAGCUAAUAGAGCUAGAACAGAUCAUAGAGAAGUUAGCUGCAUUCUAAAAAAAAACAAGAAGAAAACUAUUUAGAGACUUAGGAUUUGUGGUGUAAGUAGUCAUAGGUUUACUUUAGUCGUUUACUUAAGUAUGAGAGUAGUCAUUAGUAGAGGUCACAGAAUGUGAAGUUUCCCAGCUUUAACUUUGUUUAAUUUAGGAUUUGUGUAAGUUAAAGUUGAAGGUUUACUUAUAAUAUUUUACUUAAAUAUGAAAGUAGUCUUUACUAGAGAAGAAGAUAAGCUUUCCAGCAUU